AUGAGUGGCAUGAACAAGAAGAAGCUGCUGAAGUUCGUGAAGGGCUUCCGAGGCCGAGCGAAGAAUUGCCCGAGCGUGGCGAGGGAGCGCGCCUACAAGGCCCUCCAGUACGCCUUUGUGGGCCGCAAGCUCAAGAAGAGGCUCUUCCGCGAGACCUGGAUCCAGCAGAUUAAUGCCGCUACGCGAAUCCACGAUCUCUCCUACUCGCGCUUCAUGCAAGGAUGCGUCCUCUCCGAUGUGAAGCUCAAUCGAAAGAUGCUCUCCGAGCUGGCCAUCUACGAACCCUACUCGUUCUCCGCGGUGACCAAGCUCGUGGGCGAACGGUUAAAGAAGGAAGAAGUGGCGAAGGAGGUCGAGCGGCGAGCCGCGGCCAAGAAGAACAUUCAUCCCGGCAACAGGGACCUCACCGCCGACCAGAAGGAGUGGCUUCUCGCUCAAAAGCUCAAGGAGAUGCAAAUCGUCUAA